AAAACGUGUGACGAAAUGUCAUCGGGUUGAGGAAAAUCGCGUUUUUUUCAUUAAAAAAACGUCGAACCGGUUUUUGUAAUCAAUCAACCACGUUAUUUGCUCUGUAGAAUUGUGUUUCUUCCUUAAAAUCAUUCAAUUCCUGUCAGGAUAGUUCGAAAUCGAGCGGAGAAAUCCCUGAUGACGAACCACAUUACGUCAUCACAAAAAUGAAAUGGUGGUUGUAUCGGUCGGGCGUUGUAAAUUAAAUGCAACUGAAACAUAACAAGUCCUCCGGAAAAAUCGUUAAUUCCAAGUAAAUAAAGUGCAAUUUGUCGUGUCGUGUAGUUUUGUACAGUUUACUUUAAUAGGAUUAAAGCCAUGUCGGAUCGCAAAGCCGAGUUGGAGAGGAAGAAAGCCCGGCUGCAGGCGUUGAGGGAGGAGAAGGACCGCCGACGACGGGAGAAGGAACUCAAGGAUGUGGAAGAGGCGGCCAACAGGGUUAUUUUGGGAACUGAAGGAGACAGAAAGGAGUUGGAUGAAAUGCUCAGUUCGUUGGGGGUUGCCCCCGUUUCGGAUAUUUUGUCAAGUAUUUCCAGUGCGAAUUCUAUCACGCCCGACCAUAGCCACAAUCACACGCCGGAUACGUCUCUUCUGCCCCAUAGUUCACCCAACAACCUUAGUCAUGGAAAAAAGCGAGCACCGAAUUUGAGCGUAGUCCAGGUACAGUCCACCAACAUACCACCGAAAGAAACCGUACUUUACACAAAACAAACACAAACAACGGCAACAGGACACGAAAGGGACGGAUCUUCUUCAUCUUCUUCCCCACUUAAAGGCUACAUGGAGGACUGGUGGAGGCCACGAAAAGCUCAUGCAACCGAUUACUACGACGAAUACAAUCUAAAUCCGGGUUUAGAAUGGGAGGACGAGUUCACAGUUUUGACGUAUGACGAUGGACAAGGUGAAGACGAAGAAGGUAGCCUUCCACAUUUGGGCGGAUUCGGGAGCAAACUACCACCGGGAAUUCUACCACAUGGGUUGCCACAAGUCAAGGAGGUACAACCGGCCGUUACGGCCCUGGAACAGGAACAGGCCAAACAGGAGGUCAAAGAAGUCCGAGAGUUGAGCGAAGAGGAAAAGCAGAUGAUUAUCCUAUCGGAGGACUUUCAGCACUUCAUCGACAGGGCGGGAAGAGUGAUGGAAAGGGUCUUGUGUGAAAAUGUGGAUUAUUACACGGAUUACAGCGGUGGAGCAGGAGAAGAAGGACUAGAUGAGAAAUCGCACCAACGCAUCUCUCUCAAUCGCUACUUCUUUGACGAACGAUGGUCGCGUAAUCGAUGCGUGACAUCAUUGGAUUGGUCGCCUCAGUUUCCGGAGUUACUGUUGGCUUCCUAUAACAACAACGAAGACUCUCCAAACGAUCCAGAUGGCGUGGUUUUGAUUUGGAAUACCAAAUUUAAAAAGGCAACGCCUGAGUAUAUUUUUCAUUGUCAGAGUGCUGUGUUAUCAGCAAAAUUUGCGAGAUUUCAUCCGAAUCUCAUCUUGGGUGGUACUUACUCGGGACAGAUCGUCCUUUGGGAUAAUAGGGUGCAGAAGAGGACGCCGAUACAGAGGACGCCCUUAUCGGCAUCCGCACAUACGCACCCUGUGUAUUGCUUGAGCGUGGUGGGCACUCAGAACGCCCACAACCUGAUAAGUAUCUCAACCGACGGUCGCCUCUGUUCGUGGUCGUUGGACAUGCUCGGGCAGCCCCAAGAGACCCUCGACUUGCACCGAAUGCAAUCGAAACCCGUGGCUGUGACCUGUUUAGAUUUCCCACAUUCCGACGUUAAUAAUUUUGUGGUAGGCAGCGAAGAGGGGGCCGCAUACUCGGCGUGUCGUCAUGGGGCAAAGGCCGGAAUCACCGACACUUACGACGGCCAUCAGGGCCCCAUCACCGGCAUCAGCGUGAACUCAGUCCAAGGCGGGAUCGACUUCUCCCACAUGUUCCUGACGUCGUCCAUCGACUGGACCAUCAAGUUGUGGAGUCUGAAGGACUCGAAACCGAUCUACUCGUUUGAGGACAACGGGGAUUAUGUCUUGGACGUGAAGUGGUCCCCGGCCCAUCCGGCUCUUUUUGCAGCCGUGGAUGGGAGUGGGAGGUUAGAUUUGUGGAAUUUGAACCAGGAUACAGAAGUGCCGGCUGCUAGUGUCACAGUGGAGGGAAAUCCGGCCCUGAAUAGGAUCUCGUGGACUCCGUCGGGGCUCCACGUGACCGUCGGGGAUAACCAAGGGAAGAUUUGGGUGUACGACGUUGCGGAAAAUUUCGCACAUCCGAGACACGACGAGUGGAACAAAUUCUUGUAUACGACCCAAGAGUUGAGAAAUAAUCAAGUCGAUGAAGAAUUAGAAAAAUUAAAUUAUUCAGUCUCUAAUACUCCUUUGUCUAGUAUGGGUUCGAUUACUACUACUCCUCUGCGAUAAAUAGCAAAUUUAAUCCAGUAAUCCUAAUAAUUUAUUAUCUAAACGGUUUUUGAAUUUUGCAGAUGCGGUCUGGGAAUCUGAAGAGUACUGGUAACAAAACCUACUAAAAAGAACAGAACGGCGAUUUAUAUUGUUUGGCCAUUGUAUUAUUGCUUGAUUCAGUGUAAUUCAGCUGUAGAAUAAGUACCAUUAUUCUGUAUACUUACUUAAAUAAUUUUUGCAUGUAAAUAAAAUCCAUUUUUUUUUAAA